UGCGUUUCCAGCAGGGAAAUUCCCGUGCACAUCCGAUCCAGUGGCACCCUGACCGCUCCACAAGACUACCUUCGACAGCUGUCGCCGAUCACACAUUUGACAUCUACUAUGCCCUGCACUCCAUUUUGAUACCCUCUUGACCUAAUACCAAAACGUAUAUAGUGAUCGUGGUCGUCUACGAUACAUUCCAGAACAUCUCUUCGACGCCUCACCAGCUCGUCGAGGCAUCUACCAAGGGCGCAAUCGCCGGCCGCACCGCAUUCACAUCGCUCACGUCACUCCCGACCCCAUCCUCUUCCGCCGCGAAAAACGUCAGUCUACCAGCAAAACCUACUUCACCGAAAAGCUGGCGGGCCCUAGGGAAAGCGCGAAGCGUUACCUUCGAUCCUUCAUCGACAAUCGCUUCACCUCCGGCAAAGAAGCUAGCGACAUACCUACGCCGCGAUCUUCGACAAGCACGGCCAGCAGCAAUAGAAACUCUGUGGCAUCCUUCCCAGAAAGAGCGGUGCCGGCAGAAACGGAGAUGAGGUCUAGCAACAGGAACUCGACUGGAGCAAUCAGUGCCAUGACCGCACCAACCGUCCCUCGACCAUCUCUCUCAGAAUCGCCUUGGUCGUCUGGAAGAGCAUCGGCCAAAAGCAUGAUUAGCAGUGUCAAGACCCUUCCCGAGGAAAAGCCUGUGGCAUCUGGCGGAGGCGUCAACGUCAACAUCUCACUCACAGAGCCCGUGCUCUUUCUGCGAGGGUUUGAGCAAAAUGAAAAUUCUGAGCGGAAUACGGCAAUGUUGCGUGGAACGCUCGUGCUCAAGAUCUCGAAACCCGCAAAACUAAAGGCUAUAACUUUAAAGUUCCGAGGCAAGGCCCUUACCAAGUGGCCGGAGGGCAUUCCGCCAAAAAAGGUUGAAUUCGAGGAACUCGACAUUUUGAUGAGCCACACUUGGCCAUUCUUCAACUCACAAUUUCCCACGGCGGAAACUGGUACCGGCGCAGAUCGUGUGGAUUUGUACAAAAGUACCGGCGGUCUCGGCGGUUCGCCAAACAACUCCUCGCUGAACUUGACGACCAGGGAAGCGAAGCGUCUGUCACUCCAGGUCAACCAAUCGCGAAGCUUCGGCAAAGGUGAAACCCCAUCUGGCGGACCAUCGGUCGCACAGAAGGGGUACAGGACAUUCAAUGCGGGCGAGUACACAUACAACUUCGAGCUCCCAUUGGACAGCCAUCUCCCUGAGACUAUCGACGUCGACCUUGGUUCUGUCAAGUAUGAGCUAGAGGCGACAGUCGAGCGGGCUGGAGCAUUCCGUACCAAUCUUGUCGGGACCAAGGAGGUCACACUCAUCCGCGCCCCAUCCGAGGGCUCAUUGGAGCAAGUCGAGCCCAUUGCUAUCAGCCGUAGCUGGGAGGACCAAUUACACUACGACAUUGUCAUUUCUGGAAAAUCGUUCCCUCUGGGCGCACAAGUUCCCAUUGCAUUCAAGCUUACGCCACUUGCCAAAGUGCAAUGUCACCGCAUCAAGGUCUUCGUUACAGAGAAUGUCGAAUACUUCUGCAACAACAAGCGUGUUCAUCGAAUGGAGCCCGUCCGUAAAGUCCAGUUGUUCGAGAAGCGGGCAGACGGUCCACCAACUAGCACAUUUCCCGGUAGCACAAUGCGGAUAGUGUCGGGAGGAGGGGUUCCAUACGAUCAAAGAGCUGCCGCUGCGCGUGGCGAGGAUGUCCAGGUGCAGGACUCGACCAAUCUCUUGGGUAACCUUGGUGGGGACGCCAAUGUCGGUCCCACUGAGAUGGAGUUCAACGUGCAACUACCAAGCUGCCAUAAUCUACGUGAAAAGGAAAAGGCGCACAGGUUACACUUUGAUACCACGUACCAGAACAUUCAGGUACAUCACUGGAUCAAGGUAUUUCAUCCAAACAGCUCAGAGAUUUCCACGCUAAUUGUUCAUCAGCUUGUAAUGCGACUGUCAAAACCCGAUGCAACUGAUCCCACUAAGAGACGCCACUUUGAGAUCUCCAUCGACUCACCUUUCCACAUUUUAUCCUGCCAGGCGACACAAGCGAAUACAGCACUCCCGGCAUAUUCGUCACCUGAGCCUGUACUUGGUGGCACACGAGUACCCGAAUGCGGAUGCCCCAACGCCCCGGUGCGGCGAACCUCUCCCACCGGCUUUGUGCCAACACUAAGCUCGAUGGGCCGAUCGCGAAACAACUCAGAAGCAGCAAACAUUCCCACACCCCAACUCGCACGACCACAAGCUGCACACAUUGGCGGACCGACCGACUCAACUGUACAAAGACCUAUUCACCUAAUGCGAGUCCCGUCCUUUAACCCGCCAGCAUUCAGCGAGGAAGAGCCGCCCCCACCUCUAGAGACUCCGCCUCCUCUAUACGAGACCAUCGCAUCACCCACCAGCGGUCUCGCAGAUUACUUCUCACGACUCUCGGACGCAUACGAUGACGACAGCGACCCCGAGCGCAAUGAUCGAGCUCGUGUUGAGAUUCCCUUGACCCCUGGUGGCCGCACGAACAGAAGCAUGGACGAAAGAAGAACGUGGCUCCCUGUCGGACAUUAA